AUGCCUCCCAAGAAGGUCACCAGCGCGAAGAAGGCCGCGCCUGCUCCUCACUCUUCCUACCGUGAUAUGAUCAAGGAUGCCAUUAUCAGCCUUAAGGAACGCAAUGGUAGCAGGUAUGUGGCGAAUGAUUUCCCGCGCACUUUUGGAGUCGCGCUCGGAAGGGGAACGGAGUCACUAAUGGGGAAUUGCAAAUAUAGUCGUCAGGCGAUCAAGAAGUAUGUUCAGUCGAACAACAAGCUCAACGUCUCUUCUCAGAGCACCUUUGAUGCUCAAUUCAACAAGGCUAUUAAGUCUGGUGUUGAGAAGGAAGAAUUUGUUCAGCCCAAGGGUAAGUCUUCUGUUUCGGCUCCGAGUGUAUAUGCGCAAAUCUUCCCCCUCCCCCCUCGGUUUCGCGCUGUCCCCGGAAUUCUCGUUCACUCCCGCAGUCCUUUCUGCCCCUCUGGACCAUUGAAGCUUUUCAAGAAGGAGGCUCCUGUCAAGGCGGCUGCUAAGCCUGCCGCGAAGCCUGCCGCGAAGCCCGCUGCGAAGACUGCCGCAAAGCCGAAUGGCAAGACCGCUACUAAGCCCGCUGCCGCCAAGAAGGCCGCACCCAAGAAGGCUGUCGCAAAGACCACCGCAAAGGCUACCCCAGCUAAGCGGAGUGCUCCUAAGAAGACCGCGACCAAGGCUGCCACCAAGACCGCAGCCAAACCUAAGGCCAACUCUGGCAAGGCCCGCAAGACCACCACUGCCGCCCCUGCUAUCGUUGAGCAGCCCAAGGUCUUGAGCAAGACCAAGUCUGGUCGUGUCACCAAGACCACUGCCCCAGCACCCAAGGCAGCGGCCAAGAAGCGCACCACCAAGAAAUAG